AUGACAUUGAUUAAUGUAAAUGAUCAAGUCAUUUAUGAUACAGAUCUACACAAGGCAGUAGUCGUGUUUCGAUAUGAUGCCACCGAGGAAGAAGAACUGUCUUUGGUAGAAGGUGCCUACAUUGAUAUAUUAGAGGAAGCUAGUGAUGGGUGGUGGAGAGGUCUCACAACUAAUGUCAAUCGACAAGAAGGUAUCUUUCCAUUCAACUAUGUCAGAAGAAUUACUGUCGAAGAGUUUGAUAUCUAUUUGGAGAGAGUAAAGAAUAAUAAUAGUAAUAGUAAUUACAGUACAUCACCACCACAACAACAACAACAACAACAUAUAUCAACGGAAGAACAAGAAGAACAAGAAGAACAAGAACAAGAACAAGAAUCUGAAAUUGAAACACCAUCUUCAUCAUAUAUUAACCAUAAUCAUAAUCAUCAUAAUAAUAAUAAUAACGAUACACAUAAAUUAGAACAUCAUAUAAUAGCAUCACUUUCUGAUCCACUUGAAAAGAGAUCAUCGGCAACAUCAACCAGUUCAUACACCACUAAUAAUAAUAAUAAUAAUAAUACAUACGAUUCAUCAUCGACAACAACGCCGUCGUCAUCUUCCUUUUUCCAACCUCUUCCACCUACUCCUACCUCCUCCUCUUCUGCUUCUUCUUCUUCUGAAGUUGCCAGUAUUACUAUCAAGAUUAAUGAUAUAGCAAAAGAAGGAUAUUUGGUAAAGAGAGGACACAUUAGAAAGAAUUGGAAAGUUAGAUGGUUCCAAUUAAAACGUAAUAGAUUGACAUAUUCAAAAUCACCAAAGGAAAAUAAGAUCAAUGAAUUGGUAUUGACACCAGACACUGAAAUUGAUAUUGCAACAUCGAUGAAACGUACCAACUGUUUCCAAAUCAAGAUUCCAUUGGAUAAAUCAAAGGAUAAACAUCUUAUAUUUUAUUGUUCUGCACAAUCUCCAGAUGAACUAGAAUCUUGGAUUCAUGCAUUAAAUCAAUCAAAAAAUAAUAAUUAA